UUCAAUAAGACGCCACGCGCAACAAACGUCUCUUUUAAACGCCAGAAAACUGUGUUCACUAUGACCGAGAAAAGAAGGUUUAACGCGUGUUUAAGCGCGUAAACUCGUCGAGUUAACACGUAACAUGAAGCCAAAUAUAAAACUCUCUAAACUUGUUUAAAUGUUCCUACAACGUUCUUCACAAACACGACAACAACUAAAGGACAGUCCGGUUAAUGAUCGGUGAUAGUUGGUAUAAAGCUUCAUAUCCUGCAUUGUGGCUUUAAGAAUGGGCUUCCUUGAAACCGUCCAGUUCCAUGUUAGCACGCUCAAACUGAUGAACUUGUACAACGUAACAACUUUUAGAAAUAACUUUUUUUUUAGAGACUUAACGUUUUAGAGAAGUUUGGACCAGUGUGUUUUAUCUCGAAGGCGUUUCUUUUGUUCGGACAGUUUCUGUAUUUUUACGCUCAGUAUGCACGUUUGCAGACAGGGAGUGGCAAAAAUAUAUAUGUAUAUUUUUUUGCCAUAACUCCUUGAACUAAUUGCAUGCAUUAGUAUCAGUGCUUGUCUGUGAGUGACGGAUCCAAUGGACCAUUCGCCGUCGAUAAUCACGCAAGUAACCAGAGAGGAGGAGGAAAAUGCGACUUGCCGUGAGGAAGGUGCAAAUGAAGUUUCCCCCUCAAAGAAGCCUCGCAGCAGAGGCCUCCUCCACAGUCUCUUCUGCUGUCUAUGCCACAAAGAAACAGAGCCACCCCCCGCAAAAAACAAUGCCCCCUUAUUGGUGGAAGAAAACGGGACUCUGUCAAAAGUUCCAGCGAAACCACUGCUCCCACAGAUGCAAUCGAACGAUGCAGGGAAGAUCUGUGUGGUCAUUGAUUUGGAUGAAACACUAGUGCAUAGUUCAUUUAAGCCAGUGAACAACGCUGAUUUUAUCAUUCCAGUGGAAAUUGACGGAACAGUUCACCAGGUGUAUGUGUUAAAGAGACCCCACGUUGACGAAUUCCUCAAGAGGAUGGGAGAAUUGUUUGAGUGCGUUUUGUUCACCGCCAGCUUAGCCAAGUACGCAGAUCCUGUGUCGGACCUGUUGGACAAGUGGGGGGCCUUCCGGAGCCGGCUCUUCCGGGAGUCCUGUGUCUUCCACAAAGGGAACUACGUAAAAGACCUGAGCCGUUUAGGGAGAGACCUCAACAAGGUCAUCAUCAUCGACAACUCCCCAGCCUCCUACAUCUUCCAUCCUGACAACGCAGUUCCUGUAGCUUCCUGGUUCGAUGACAUGUCAGACACCGAGCUCCUCGACCUUAUCCCCUUCUUUGAGAGACUAAGCAAAGUGGACGACAUCUAUGAUAUUCUCCAGCAGCAGAGGACUUCAAGCUAACAGAGGCACGACACUAGGAUGAAAAUAAUCACCAGUGGCUGUCGUCAUGGGGCCACGGAGGCUGGUGGGCCACAGGCCGCACGCUGCUUCCCACUACAAGGACCAUGCUGCAAAAAAUACCUGUCGUUUAAUCUCAUAUUCUUAUCAGUGAAAUCAGUCUGCUAGCUGGGUUUGGUGCUUCAGCUUUGACAGCUCUCUUCUCCCAGUCUCUUUUUUUAGAUAUUCUACAUGAGCAGAGAUUAUGAGAUUAAAUGACGUCUGUAGAUAUCUUUUGCAGUGCAGCUGGAGUGUUGUUGUUGUCGUCAUGUGACAGCAGUGACCUUUGUAAGAGUGCUGUAAACCUAGAUUGUGUGAACAAAUGUUCAGUGCCGCUCUACAAAUGAACCACAUCAAUCAUUUUCAUGUCAGUACCAUGUAGCAUGUGUAAUAGUAUUAGAAUCUCAACACACAGACUAUGACAAGUCAUUACAGAUGGGGAUUUUUUUCCCAAAAUGGCCGGAUGUGUAUGUAGGAGAAGUCAGUUAUUAACUUUGGUGAACUUUAACAGAGAGGUUUAAUAAUUUCUUACAAUAUUUUGUGACACAUUUCACUACAAAACACACAUUUUGUCAUGCUUCACACACUGUGCACUUACUGUAUGUCUGCAGAAAGCUAUGAACAAACUGUUUGGUGUAGGAAUUUCCAAAAAUAUAUUAUAUGCUUUAGCUUUUCCAUCUAGAUUGAAAAUAUACCGGAGAGAGCGUAUCCAGCCACUGAUUUUAAUCCUCCACUACAUCACAGACGACCGAUAAGGUUUAAUUACUGUAUUCUAAUAUGACUAGAAUCUAAUUAUGAACGUGUAAAAACCCUUUUAGAUGUUGUCUUAUGUCCAAAACACCACACUCUUCAGCACAUGUACACACACAGAGACGUGGUCAUCGAAAAUCUCUUGAUCUUGAUCUCGACACCUGAAUGAUCUUUGUGACAGGUGUGUAGGUGGAGUAGACACGUGUGAAGGAAGAAGAAACGCUUCUGCUUCCUUAUAGAAGGAAGAAGCAGGUACAGAGACGUAUCGCUGCAGAAACGGUGAGAUUAUUUUUGUACAUACAGUAUAUCAGGAUUUCGUUUUAAUGAUCUCGUUUUAAUGUUAUUUUAUCGUUUGACUUUUUCGACAGCUGCAUAACACAGUCCAGUCUAUGUGCAGGAGGAGGCUGUGACCUGUCGUAGAUAAGUCUGACGUUUGGUUUGAAAGCGCACACACACACACACACACACACACACACACACACGAUGACGCCUCCUGUCGGUAAACUUGAAUUUGAGCUUUUUUUUGUGUGUGUGUGUGUGUGUGUGUGUGUGAAGACAUUAAUGGAGUCAAGUGUCCUGGGCCUUAUCGAUCUGUAUAUUCAGUUUCAGAGGGGAAACUUGUGCCAGAAAAUGUUCUAGCCCUGAUUUACUUUGCCUCAGUCUGGAGCGAGUGUGUGUAUUUGUAUGUGUGUGUGUGUGUGUGUGUGUGUGUGUGAGUAUUUACAUUAGUUUGAGAUUCAAAAGAUGCUUUGACAAUACGUGAAAAUCAUAACCUAUGUUGGAAUAAUGAUUUCCUUUUUUACUGUACGCAGCCAGAGUAUUAACCUUGAGACUCAAGUAAAGAAACUGGUAAAAGUGAGUUUUUAAAUUGCUGCUGAUGAAUGUUAAGACUGAAAAAAAAAAAAAAGACGAAUAGAGAUAUUUCUACCUUGCAUCAAUAAAGCAUGUUUUAUUGAAACAG